AUGUUGAGAUCUACCCUACGUGUAACAAGCAGGGCGGCCAGGCCAUUGGCAGCGUCCAUGGGCAGAAGCAGCGCAGUACACGCCGGCGCGGCCGCGCAGGCCAAGCUAUACAGCCAGAUCCAGAUGGGCGCUAUGCACGGCCCGGCGUUGCAGCACCUAUGUGGACUGCGGUACGCCUCGACGUCAGUGCAGGUGCCACCCAUGGCCGAGUCGUUGACGGAGGGUUCGCUCAAGGAGUUCACAAAACAGGUGGGCGAGUAUAUCGAACAGGACGAGCUUUUGGCGACGAUUGAGACGGAUAAGAUCGACAUCGAGGUCAACGCGCCCGUGUCCGGGACUGUUACAAAGUUGAACUUCAAGCCCGAGGACACAGUGACCGUUGGCGAGGAGUUGGCACAGAUUGAGGAGGGCGCCGCUCCGGCAGGUGGGCAGAAGCCUGCCGCGAAAGAGGAGACGUCUGCUCCACAGGAAGCCGCUCCGGCGUCGCCUGCGGCAAAGGAGGAGAAGCCACAGGCCGCCAAGCCCGCGCAGGCCGCCCCUGCCAAGGAGCAGCCAAAGCAAGCGGCCGCGCAGAGCUCUACCGUGAGCGCCGGCGCUUCUGUCAGCGGUUUUGCGCGUACUGAGCGCAGGGUGAAAAUGAACCGCAUGAGGAUGAGAAUCGCUGAGCGGUUAAAGGAGGCACAGAACACCGCGGCCUCUUUGACCACCUUCAACGAGGUCGACAUGUCCGCACUUCUUGAGAUGCGCAAGCUGUACAAGGACGAGAUCUUGAAAACCAAGGGCGUCAAGUUCGGCUUCAUGGGCCUCUUUGCGAAGGCAGUUGCUCUAGCCCAGAAGGAGGUUCCUGCCGUCACCGGUGGGAUUGAGGGUGACCAGCUUGUCUACCGCGACUACACCGACAUUUCGAUCGCUGUUGCAACCCCCAAGGGUCUCGUCACGCCUGUGGUGCGGAAUGUCGAGUCUCUCUCCGUCCUAGAGAUUGAGCAGGAGAUUUCAAGAUUGGGCCAGAAGGCCCGUGAGGGGAAGAUCACCCUAGAGGACAUGGCCGGUGGCAACUUUACCAUCUCCAACGGUGGUGUUUUCGGCUCCUUAUACGGCACUCCAAUCAUCAACACCCCACAGACUGCUGUUUUGGGUUUGCACGGCGUAAAAGAGAGACCAGUCACCGUCAAUGGCCAGAUUGUUUCUAGACCAAUGAUGUACUUGGCCUUGACUUAUGACCACAGAAUGCUAGAUGGAAGAGAGGGUGUCACGUUCCUAAAGACAAUCAAGGAAUUGAUUGAGGACCCAAGGAAGAUGCUCCUUGUUUGA